UUUUGCUUUGUCCUCGUCGUUCGCGACAGCGAGCGGGGCCAAUGACAGUCGGAGUGGCCACUGAGGACUAAGGAUGUUCAACGGGAAUGUUGAGGGUGUUGGGCACGACCACCUCGCCGUCUCCACAACAUUCGCUUGUACAAACAGUGGCGCAAACACAAAUCAACAUUGGCAACAGAUGUGGAUGAACGUUUUCGUGUUGUUCGCCAUGAAGGUUUUCCUGGUUACAGUUCAUCCGCCAGGACCCCCUCAUUACAAUCUAUUAGAUCUCUAUCGCGUACGAUACACAUUUGAUGUCCAUCUCACGCAGAGUGAGCUUCCAAGACGUUCGGAAUGAUGGGUUGUCGCUGGUCAUUUUCACUUCACAGUGCGGUACCAUGACUAAUUCCCAAUGGGUCCGCCCUUCGUUUCAUUUUAAUCAUUUUUCUGUUCCUCGAAUGCUGAAUCAAUGCUGAAUGGUGAGCAAACCCGCAACUUCCUGAGCCCAGCCAAAUGCGGUAACAGUCGGGAGCUCGGGCUUCCCAAAUUAGUCGCAAGAGCUCCUCUAAGCGCUUAUCAAAAUCUAGCUGCCCUUUCGCCACGACCGAAUAGAGCAAUCAAGUUCGAGCAUGCAGAAUGCAACCUGAGACUCGAAAAGAGGAUUCAGACUCGGAAGAUGACUCUGACUAUGUUCCACCAGCAGGAGAUGAAUCCUCCUCUGAUGAGGAACCCGAGGCCAAACGAAUUCGUACUGGCUCGCCCCUACCUACCGUAGAAGAUGCCGCUGAGCAGAAGAGGAUUCGAGACGCACUAUGGGCUGAAUUCCAAGCUUCAGUGUCAACGCCACCUGUUCACCCCCUUCAAGAGACCAAAAUGGUCAAGGUAGUAAAGCGCUUCCGCUUUGCUGGGGAAGAUGUCGUUGAAAUGAAGGAGGUCCCAGAGGACUCCGAUGAUGCCAGGAAAUGGCCCCUAUGGCGUCCUGAUAGCGAUGGAAAUAGCAAAAGCGUCUCCCCAACACCAGAAGGAAUGGCUUCACAGGCGUCAGCGUCGCAAACAGGGAAGCCUUCAUCGUCAGGGGCCAAUACGCCAAUUCCAAGCAGCCAGGCAGGUCCGUCGGAGUCAAAGCCAAAACCGACUAAACGACCAGGCCCACGGAAACCCAAAGUGCAACUCGCACCUUUACCGGGGAAAGCCAAGAAGCUUACAACGUUGGACAAAUCCGCCAUGGAUUGGCGUUCUCACGUUCAGGCGGGACAGGAGACCGGGUUGAAGGAUGAGUUGGAGGCUCAUCGACGUGGAGGUGGGUACCUGGAAAAGGUUGAGUUCUUGAAGAGGGUCGAAGAGAGGAAGGAGGAGGCGUUGGAGGCGAGUAAGUCUGGGAAGAGACGACGGUAGGCCUCAGAUCGUCGGGGCAGUGCUGUAUGGACGUGUAUACAUAUUUUGCUCUGGCUAUCGUCUGUAUGUAUAUGAUAGGAUUUUUAUACGAGUUGACUAGAGCAUGGUUCCCUAUAUAUUUAACAGCAGGCCGAUUAUAGGGGAAUUUACCAGGGGAUAAAUAGCGACAGUGGGACUGAACGAUGCAAUCCGAAGCAUUGCAGGGUAGCAGGAUGUAAGGAGUAGUUUGCCCCCCCACUCAUGCCAUAAAUUACAAAUAGAAUACUCCAAUAUACAAAAACACU